UUCUCAUCUUUAUUGCUGCAGCAGACGAAGGAAGGAAGAAGGAGGGCAAAGCAGAGCAGAAUCGCCAGUUUUGGUGCCGCAGUGCACUGAAAUUAUUCGAAAUUUUGAAACGUUCUUUAAAUUGAAGAACCAUGAAGCUUACAAGCUCGUUUUUCAUCACAAUCACCUGCUGUUUUACAUUCCUUGCUGCUCAGCAACGAGGCGGAAUUGCUCCAAAAAACCUAGAAGAACUGUCUGACAUCAAGGACUUUAAAAAGUUGCUCCGCACUAAAAAUAAUGUACUAGUGCUCUUUGUUAGUUCAUUGAAAGCAGGAGAUGCAACAGUGCGUCUGUUUAAAGAUGCUGCUGCAUCAGUUCGUGGGCAGGGCACAAUGGUUCUUAUUGACUGCUCGGGAGAAGCUAAGAAAUUGUGCAAAAAAUUAAAAGCUACUCCAGAUCCUAUUGCGUUGAAACACUACAAAAAUGGUGAGUUUCACAAGGACUACGACCGCAAAAUGACUGUGCAGUCAAUGGUCAGUUUUAUGAGGGAUCCCAGUGGAGAUGCACCGUGGGAGGAAGAAGACUCUGCUAAUGAUGUCAGGCAUAUAGAACAUCCCGAUCAACUUUUGCGGCUGCUGAAGAAGGAGAUACGUCCGACCAUGGUGCUAUUCUAUGCCCCUUGGUGUGGGUUUUGCAAGCAAAUGAAACCCCACUAUGCUGAUGCAGCAAGAGAACUGAAAGAUGAAGCCAUCUUGGCUGCAAUUGAUGUUGAUCGGCCGGAGAACAACGGGGUGAGGCACCAGUUCAAUAUAUCUGCCUUCCCAACACUUCUGUAUUUCAAGAACGGACGCAUGAUGUUUCCUUAUGAAGGGCCUAAUAAGAAGAAUGACAUUGUUGCAUUUAUGCGUGACCCAUCAGAAGCAUCUCGCAAAGAAAAGGAGAAACCAAAGGAAGAGCCUUGGUCUGCAACUCCAUCAGAUGUAGUGCAUCUUACUGUUGACGAUUUUGACACUUUUAUUCAGGAAGAGCAAACUGUAUUAGUUAUGUUUUAUGCCCCAUGGUGUGGGCAUUGUAAAAGAAUGAAGCCAGAAUAUGAGAAAGCAGCACAUAUGAUUAAUCAAAAGAUCCCUGGAAAACUGGCUGCUGUAGAUGCAACAGUGGAACAAAGUCUGGGAAAGAGGUUUAAAGUGCAAGGGUACCCUACAGUAAAGCUUUUCCAUGAAGGAGAUUUUAAAUUUGAUGCCAAUGUCCGUGAUGCUGAGCGCAUUCUUACUUUGAUGAGAGACCCUACUAAGCCACCUCCAGUUCCAGAGGAGGAGAAACCUUGGUCCUCAGUGCCUAGUGAAGUAAUCCACUUAACCACUGACACAUUUAAGCAAGUUUUGAAAAAGAAAAGACAUGCUCUGGUGAUGUAUUAUGCACCAUGGUGUGGCCACUGUAAAAAUCUGAAGCCUUUAUAUCAAGAGGCAGCUCAAAUUUUUGAGGAUGAGCCACAAAUUACUUUAGCUGCUUUGGAUUGCACUGAGCAUGCUGAAGUUUGUAAAUUUGCAGGAGUUUCAGGAUAUCCCACUUUGAAAUAUUAUCAUUACUACAACAAAGGACAAGCUGAUUACAAUGGUGGUAGAACUAAAGAAGAUCUUGUCAAGUAUAUGAGAAAUCCUCCUCAAGUGUCUAAAGAUGAACUUUAGAGUUUUAAAACCAGAAUACAACUUAUGACACAGAGUGGAAACUUAAUUAAAAUUCCAGUAAAAUCAGACUAGUUUUAAUCAAUCUACGUGCAUUUUCACCCUUUUUUGUUGUUAAAGUUUUAGAGAAUAACUGUUUUGAUAUUUUAAAAUAAUAAUUACCGUGUAUCAGUACUGCCUGAAAGGAAAGAUGAUUUAAUCUAACUAUGGCAAUCAAAAAAAGAAUAACUGGAAGGCAUUAAUCGAAUUGCCUUGCCAGGAUUUUGAGUAUAUUUUUUCUCAUCUUAACUUCUGUGCUUGAAUCUCGUAACCCUUUCACUAAUGUCUAUCUAUCAAUUUUUGUGACAUUCCUUCUCUUAUAGUGCCUGUGUUGUCCAAUUCAAUGUCUUUGUUAGAAAAUCAUCAAAUUCUUCACCAUAGUCAGAGUGUUGGUCUAUUUCAUGAGGUAUUUCUGUAAUGAAGUGGGUGGAUCCUUUAGUAUUGAAGACUCAUUUGGGAACCAUUAGCUUCAGUUCAUUUGCAGUUGAAGUUCAUUAGGCAAUACAAAUGUGAACCUGCUCUCUGUUUACUGUACAUUGUCCUAAUCUAUAAGUUUUCAAUAAGACUGUGAAGUAGAAAUUAGAUAAGCAGAAUAUGUUGAACUGAUGUUGAUGUCUGUUAGAAGCAGUAUUUACAAUUUAUAUUUUUAUACAUGAGGCCAUUACUAAUUGCUUUAACAAGUUAUCUAUUUAUAAGGUCUUUCUCUUAAAAAAUCUAAUCUCAUUGUCUGCCAUCAUUGGCAGGUUUGUUGUUCCUGGGCCCUUAUGUUUGUUACUUUUCUCAACUUUCUGUUGGCUUGUAAAUUCCAUUAGCUUUACUGAGCUGCAGUUUCUUUGAAUUAAUAUUUUCUCUUUGGUUUGGGUAUUGAAUUUUAAGUUAAGUUUUUUAAAAAAAUGUUUUUUCUUUCAAAGAUUUUUUUUUUUACAAAUUGUCAGUGUUAUAGUUACAUUACCUUAACUAAUUGGUGUUACAUUAAGAUAAAAUUUCAUCAGGAUUUUGUAAUUUCUGUAUGAAACAAGAUUUCUUCUGUGGUA